CUGAGACCGGCCGGGCCCUACCCGCGCGGACCGAGCGGGCCGAGCGGGCCGAGCGGGCCGAGCGGGCCGGGUGGAGCUAGCGUUGAGUUUAUAAAGUGUGUGAUAGCGGUCGCUCUGACCGCCGCGGCCGCUGACGAGCGUCUCUACGGGAGAGGCCGGGUGAGGUUACUAGUACUAGUAGACACGACCUACUGUAGUAUUGUUAAUGAUGGAGCGUGUUGUAUGUCCUGUACACUACCGCGCUACACUAUACUACAGUAUAGUACAGUAUACUACACCGGGCCACGGAGCGGCGGAGUGGCGGGUGAUGUUCCAAUAAAUAUAGUAGAUACGAUCAGCGGCGGCCGGUGGGUCGCAGGUAACGUGGUCCUGUCCACCUCUCGUCACCCACCACGGCUCUCUUACUAG